AUGACCGACCCGCUCGACGACACCCUCGUCUUCAACGCGACCGGCCUCUUCGACUCGCUCGCCACCAAAGCGGGCAUCAUCUGGGCCGGCUACCUCACCCCAUGGAACAAGCUCGUCUUCGCCAUCCAGACCGCGCAAGACUACCUCAUGCACAACAUCACGCUCGGCAUCCCCGCCCUCGUCGACUCGGAGGGCCUGCACGGCUUUACCGACAACGGCACGACUUGGCCCUCGCCCCUCGGUCUCGCCGCCUCCUGGAACACCGAUCUCCUACAAAAAGCGGCCGCGAGCAUCUCGGACGAGGCGGAGGGGCUCGGGAUCACCCACAUCUUUGCGCCCGUGCUCGACCUCUCGCGCGAGCUCCGGUGGGGACGCGUCGAGGAAAACUAA